CUGAACAUCAGACAACGAGGUCCUCUAGCGGCCAAUGUGCGCCUGCGUCAGUGGCUGACUGACGUGGCGACGAGCUAGAGGCGCUGUCGGCGUUCGUGGUCCACGGCCAUUGGACGUUGUCGCUCCGCUGAUUUGUUUGUUUUGGUCGACAUGCCGCUCGUAGAACCUGAAAGUACAGUAGGUGGCAUGUGCGGGAGUCACCAGGUUGCGCGUUACUUACCGAAUAAGUACUGCUUUUGGAAAAAGAAGAAAGCAGAUCGGCUGACCAGAGAGCGACCGAGUCUUCGCGGGGUGUGUAAGCAGACGAGUAGCCGGCAGCCGAGCUACUGGAGGCGAUAGUAGGUUGGCGCUCUUUGCCGCCUCAUCUAGUACCUAAAGAGGAGGGAUGCCUCAGGUGACACCCGCAGUGGUCCUACAGCUGGCUCUUCUACUGUCUGCCCUUCCUGCCCAGUACCUCAUCUCCCAGUGGACUGGAAAGGAUGCAGCCUACCGCUAUCAUGCCACCCAAAGGCUAAUCAGAAGCUGGAAUAACUUCCAGAAGUCCUACUUAAAUGUGGGUGCCGUGGUUGAAAGAGUGCAACGCUGGGUGUCUAAUGUCAUGCCAUCUAUGACAAACUUAGACAAUGAACAAGAAGGGGAGUCGCCAGCAUUUGAAGUGCUACGUUUUCAGCGUGAGAAUGGAUACUUUGGAGACUCUAGAGAAAUUCGCAGUCCAAGACCCAACUCUGUACUUUAUCGGGUGGGUGAAGUGAUUAUGGAAAAGGAUCAUGGUAUGAUUGGAGUUAUUGUUGGUUGGGAUGAGAAGCUAAAAGCUCCUAGAGAGUGGAUUGAACAAAGGUAUUCACAUACCAAGGGUGAAGAGGAUGUUCCACAUUAUAAAGUAUUAUUUGGGGAGCCAAGUGGAAAGGCUGUAAUGGUGGACUACAUUCGACAAACAGCUCUACAGGCUGUUACAGGUGUAAAGCCACAGAUCCCCAAUUUGGAGAUCUACUUUAGACAUUAUGAUGGAAGGAAGUUCAUUAUGCAGCCGUGGUUGAAGGCAAUCUACCCUGAUGACUGAAGAAAAAGAAGACGACAAAAAGAAGGCAAGGACUGGGCAUGGCAGAAUCGCUCUGCCCCCUCAGUUGUAAGGCACUUAUAUUCUUGAAUGUGAAUGGGCAAAAUUCUUACUUCAAGAUUGCCAUUUAUAAAAUUUAUUGUAAACUGUAAAAGCAGCUAUUAAAUGGCAGAAUUUUGCAGUAAUUUACUCUUUAGAAAGAUAAAACCAUUUAAUCCUUUUAGAUGCAUUUCUGGUAAUGGUAGAUUUUACAUUCUUGAACCAUUAUUACAGAAAACAAAGUAACAAAUAUUUUAUUGUCAAAAUGUUUGAAUGAACAUAUUCAUAUUAUGAAAUAAGCAUUUAAAAGAAUGUUGAUUACUGUAUUGCACAAUUUUUUAAAUAGUGAACACAGCCUAUAAGGUGUGAUCCAGGGAAGCACUUAAGUUAUGUUGUAUACUGUAGCACCUUAGAUGAUGAUAAAACAUUUUUGGCAGCCCUGUUUAAAUAUUAAAAUACAGACCAGUGGCACCUAUGAAUUAUUUAUACAUAUAUUUUCUAGUUCCAUCAUUCCCUAUAAUGAUCAUUGUGCCAACAGGCAAGUUUAAGUACAGGGGUUUCUCUUUUCACAAACAAGAUUAUCUAGCACCUUCAAGAUGAUCCUUAGAUUAGAUGACAGAUGCUUGUUUGUGUUUUUCGAGUACAGCCCUAGGUGGUUCUUCCAGUGGAUCAUGUUUACCAUACCUCCAGCAAGGAUUUCCUUGCAUGAUGCACAGGUGUCCUUGACAAACUCUUCUCUAUCCAGAGGAGCAUAGACUGUGUUAAAAGGUCUUCCCAGAUUGCCAAGUAUCACAUGGAUGGUAAAUCCAGAAGAUUGACCCAGUGUUAAUGGAGGAGAGAUCUUUUCUCCCAUGUUUCACCCCUGGGUCAAGGAGAAGCACUGUUUUCCACUGUAAUACCUGGGUUCAAGGAGACAAUGCCAUCUGAGGACAAGCCUGGGACAGACUGGUGCAAUUGGGACACACAGCAAGGAGAUUGCUGCAAGUGCUGCAUGCUUUUUAUUCGAAAUCAGAUCAACCAAAGUCAAUCCAUGAUCAAUACGUGAAAUGUGGUGCAAAAUGUAUUUAAAUAAUCCCGGAUAAAACCUGUGUCCUUGUAGAAGUUAAAAGUUCAAUAAAUAAGUUCCAUGAAUAAGUUAAAAUUGAAGAAUAAAACUUUCUCAAAAUUCGGGUUCCCUUUUCAUUCUGUUGUUAAGCCUAGAUCAACUAAUCCUCUGCCUCUCCUGCUUAAACUUGGGGUCUUAUCAGCCCGGCUGAAUUGCCAGCAAAUGUGGUCCCCUUUUGGCUCUGGUCCAACCACCUCACUCGGUCACUGCUGAUAUGUUCGGAGGUGGGCCUCCAUCGUCCUGCCACCUGUCUUUGGUCCUGCAGGACCCCUGGUGCACUUGUUUGCUUCUGCUCCUUCCAGUUGCUUAAAAGGAGUGACCCACUCAUGGAGCGUCUCCCCCAUUACACCUUUGUGAGGUUUAACAGCUGUUUUGCCCCAUUUCCACUGCACUGGCUCAACCUUCCAAUUUUUUACUUUCUUUUUCUUUCUCGAACCUCCUCUCUAACCUAUUCAUGCUCAUUUUAUACUAUUGUGGGUGUAGGUAUUUGCCUAAUGACACAAAGAACAUAAAUGAGCAAAUCGGCUGAAAUAAUUAUACAUUCAUGUGCAAACAGUAUCAGCCAGUAAUCCCAUCAAACAUCCCGGGGCUGCACGCUGCAUUGUUUUUAUUUUAAGAAUUCCACACUGCCACAGACCCUUCAUGCGCUUCACCACAUCCACUCAGUCUAUUCAGUUUUUUGAAUUUGGGCAGAUAUUUGUACGUUUGUCGAUCUUGCAUAUAGUUUUUUUUUUUUUUUUUGGAUAUAAUAAGCAUUUAUGAUGGUGUGCCCUGUAAUAUUACAUUGUACUGGUUGCUGCAUGCUGUUAAAUCCCUGUUUCUGUGAGGCAAGUGCACAUUUUUGCUGUUAAACUUAUUGACGUGAUCACUGAACUCCAUUAAGGUAUGCAUCUUGUCUUUACAUUGUCAUUUUUCAGGACAAGAUAUCAAAGCACAAACAAGGUCAGUAUCAAGAUUAGAAACUUGAGGGUGGCAUCCACAUUGUUUAUGGGUCUAAUUGCAAGUGUGACUUUAUCUGCCUGAUCUGUGGCAUGCACUCCUCUGAGUUGCUGCUCUGCUUACUACAUUAUGUAUGAGAGCCAUUAGGAUAUCUCCCAGAAAAAGUUCUACUCUCUCUUGGUCACUUGUAGAAGAAUUAACUCUGAGGUUCAUUUGAGAAUGAGGGCAAGGGAUUGAGUUGGACAGUAUGGAGGCAGUGGCACAUUUUGGAGGUGAUUUGGGAGCAGAGUGUUUAAAUGAAGCCGUUAAUUUACUUUCCACAUCCGUAUUUAUUCAAGUGUGAUGUCCAAGCAUAAUAAUUAGGUUCCUUCAGAGGAUGUUGAAUUAUUAUGAUUUUUGUUUCCAUCCCAUUUUCUGGCUGAUGACUUUUCUACCACCGUAUUGUUAUUUGUAAAAAGGAAACUGAAAAAAUAAUGUAGUUUAUCCGUAUUUAUUUUUAUUAGUAGUAAGAUGUGUUUUAAUUACACCAUUUAGUAAUACCAUUACACUUUUAAUAUAUUUUGAUCUCUGAGAGUUUAUAAUUGUAAACAUUAAUUAAGGAUUGGUACACAUGAAAAUGUGUUGAUUUGUAUUUAGCUGGAACAUUAAUCAUUUGAUAUGGAGAAAGAAAGCUUUUCUGCAACAUACACCACAAGUGGAUUGUACAAUAAGGACAGGUUUACAGACUCACUGUAGUCUUGUGGGUCCCUUCAGUGUAGCAAGCUGAACAUUUAAAAAUAUGUCUGAUUUGAUGUACUUGUAAUGAAGGCUGUUUGUUUAGCAGACAUGUUCAGUGUGUCAAAGUGCUUGAUUCAACUUCAGUUGUACAGUAUAUUAGAUCUGCUAAUGUAUUAGUUUACAGUACAGGAGGAAAAUCUUUCUUAUUGUUAAUGUCCACAGACUUAAAUAAAAAUGUGUUUUGUUUUUCCAAAGCAAUGCCAUUUAAAAUUUGUCAGUUUCUUAAAAUUGUGUACGAUUUAAAAAAUGAUUACACGGUAUAUAAAAAGAUGCACCGUUUACCAACAAUUUUUUCAAAAUUCUGCCUGGGAUGCAUUGUCAGACUAUAAUUAUAAAACUCACUGAUUAAGUCUUCCAAGGCAGGUGUUGACAAAAGUUGAUAUUAAGGAGUAUAAAGCCAAAUGUUAAGAAAUACAGACUACAAUGUAUUUUGCAGUUUUAUCCACUAGAUGGCAGCACCAGCGUGACGGGCACACUUGCACUAUGGCAUUAAACACCAGCACUCACUCUUGUCAAACAUACUCGGCAGAAAAUGUUUUGGUGCUGAGAAAUAGUGUUAACACUGUAAUGUGUAUAUUGCAAACAGUGUAACUUUGCAUUGCAUGGUUGAUUUGAACAUUAUGUGCUUCAAAAUAAUCACAUACAUUGCUCAUAUAGUUGUUAGUUGCAUGUUUACCAUAAUUUGAGUAAUGAAUACUUUUGACAUCUCUCACAAGAAGAAGAAAUCAAGGCCAUAAUCAUGACAAAAGAAAAUCCAUGACAAAAGUGUUAAAGCAAUAAUUCACUACUAUACUAAUAAUUGUCCUCGAUGCCAAUUGUGAAAUUAUUAAAGUGCCAACACUGAAUGACCAAUUCCUUUUUUUGUAUUGUUUUUGACUCUUAACCUUUUCGUUAUUGUUCUGUUGCAUUUGUCAACUUGGAAGAACACUGACAUCUGAAAUUUGACAGAAAGAUAAAGUGUUUCUUAUUUUACAUUGUCUACUAGCACGUUUUAGUUGGAGAUUAAAUGCAGCUUCACCACAGGCAGUAGGCAGCUACUAAGUGUUCAUUUGUGACCCUAUUACCUGUCCUUGCUAUUGAGAAAACCUUUAUGUAAAAGUUGCCAUCCAGUAAUGCUCCUCACAGCUUUUUAGUAAAUAAUGGAAAUUCUUGCUUGGUCCCUGCUUAUAUGCACAAGUGGCAAAUUCCAGAAAACUUACAUUUUCCUGGACGCAUCAGAAGAGGCUAAUUUUAGUAGUAUUUAUUAUAGUAGAUGAGGAUACUCUUGUCCUCUCUCAAGCCUCACUAUCAAGAAAAUGUGUUGUGUAUCUGUUGAGCUGAGUGAGAAUCGUGUAUGUACUGUGCAUCCAACAACUGCUUCCAUAAUACAUACAUUCUGCCAUUUUGAGUUUCUGUCAUGUAAGUGUAUCAGAUAGAAAAUCCAAAGCACCAUAAGCUCUCCACCUGCUGCUCUGCUUUAAUUUCCGCCACCUGGUAGAAACUCAGCUUCAGGGACUUUUAUUCCGAGAAAAGUUUAUGGGAUCUGUGGUGGAUGCGGACAGUGCAAUACAAAUGAGCUCAGUCCCAUCAUCAUUCACUACCACAUAUAGAUUAUGGCAAUUGAAGAAAACUUAUGAAAAUAUGAAUUGCACCCCAAUCCCCAUCCACCACCACUGUGUGUUUAUUAGCAACACAUAUAUAACUAAGGAGAAAACCAGUCUUGACUUGUUUGCUGUUUGGUUUUGGAUGAGCUGCAUUCUUAAAGCCUUGGACUUGACAAAUAUGUAGACGUGCAGCAGUGUUUUUGAUGAGACUGUUGUUUGACUUAUAGAAGCUCUUUAACAGUGCACCUUGACACCAGUGACCAUUCACUCUAAAUCUUAUGUCUUGCUUUUUCUGUGAUUUCCUUAAAGCCAAAGGAUAGGCACUUUAAUAUAUAAUGUACACUGGCAGUUAUUGCUUUUUUUAAGAUAUGUUAAUGAUUUGCGCAGUUUUAGUAUACACAGCCUUUGGUGAAAAUUGUCCACAAUGUUCAAAUAUUCAAUUGACUUAUAAAUUCUAAAGUAUUGUAUUUAAUUAAAAUUUGAAAUUUUCUCUGUUAAGUAUGUGUCUGCCAGAACUAUUUAAAGGUCUAGUACUUUAAUGAGAAUAUGUCUUUUAAAUAAUACCCAAAGAACAUGCAUACCAUAAUGUUGCUUAUAUGAAAUACUUAGUGUACACUGUUAAUAAGCACAUUUCUGUAAUUAAAUUCAAACACCAGCAUUUUGUUAAUGUCUCUUUAAUAAAAUAAAAGUGAAAAAUAUU